GGAAGCCAUGUGGCUGGCUCCUAACUUUUAGCGCUAAUUCGUAGUUAAAACCCUUGACGAGCUGCUGUCAGUCGCAAGGGGACGAUGGGCCAGAGACGUGCGAAGAUGUUGCCGGAGCUCGUCACCCCAAUGGAGACCACCUCGCUGUGUUGGACAGUGGCACCAUGCCGCCGUCUCGGUCGUAGGAUCUGCGAGUGGAAGGAAGUCCCGUAAAAAUCGGUCGUGCAGACUGCUUAUCGCCCGUGACGAAGAGCAUUGACAAUCUUGUCAUUCCAUGUUGUCUUUAGUCGAUCUCCAUGGCGACUUGCAAAACGCUUUGUCGAGAAGAUACCCUGAGCACCGUCGGCAGUAUCCACUUGCCUCGAAGACAAUACUUUCAAUAUCUAUUAUAGCUAACCGACCAACAUGUUCAGCACAGGUGGAAACAUAUUCACAGCAACUCCCAAGUGUCUUCCAACUCGCUUCGCUAGCUGAAAAAUGCAGCCACCAACCCAUCCUAAAAAUCGAUGCUCACAGCAUCCAUUUCAGUGCGCGCUCGCUAAAGCUGACAAGUACAACUUCAACACGGUAGUAUAGCGUGAUUCACGCCGUGAAUGCAUGCCGGCACGAUGCUGAUUCCUUGUGAAAUUCAUUCCAAGCCCAAGCCCAAAAGCUUCGCUGCAGGACUGGCGCCAUUGCCGAUCGCGAGGCAAAAUUUCGCGCAACUUGUGUGUAGGGCUUAACGCACCUUAAAUGUGUGGUCCACGCCAUUAUUCUGCCUCUCUGUGUGCGCCACAUCGCUUGUUUGGUGGAGAAGACGGUCUCAGUAUUGGCUCUAGCGCACCCGAACCCUCCAGGCUCCUGCCUCGAAACCUCCGCCGCCUUUGCCGCAGGGCACAGGAAAGUAUCCACGUCCUUCAUUUUCCUCUAAGUGAGAGCAAGACCCAUGGCGGACGAGUGGCCCACCGUUGCGAGUGAGUACCAGAUCAUUGAGCAGAUCGGCCAAGGUGCCUUUGCCAAAGUAUGGAAGGCCUACUGCGCGCCCAAGAAGAUCCACGUGGCCAUCAAGAUCAUGGACCUCGAGAAGAUCACGACGAGCUUCGAGGACAUUCGUGCUGAGGUGCAGACGAUGAAGAUGACCAACCAUCCGAAUGUGCUCAAGUGCUACUGCAGCUUUGUGCACAAGGACCAGCUGUGGCUCGUCACGCAGCUCAUGAACAAGGGCUCGUGUCUGCACGUUAUGAAUCUGCUAAAGAAGAAGGGACUUGGCGAAGGUCUCAAGGAGGAAUUCGUGGUCGUCAUUCUGCACGAGACGCUCAAGGGUCUGCAGUACUUCCACGAGAACGGCCAGAUCCACCGAGACAUUAAGGCCGGCAACAUCCUGCUGGACAGCGAGGGCCACGUCGUCAUCGCUGACUUUGGCGUCUCCGGUUGGAUGAUGGAGGGUGGGGACCGUCGGAAGAACCGACAGACUUUUGUGGGCACCCCGUGCUGGAUGGCGCCCGAGGUCAUGGAACAGGUGCGCGGCUACGACUACAAGGCCGACAUCUGGUCGCUCGGUAUCACGGCGCUCGAGCUCGCCAAGGGAUAUGCGCCCUAUGCUCGUUUCCAGCCCAUGAAGGUGCUGCUGCUCACGUUGCAGGAAGACCCGCCGUCCCUGCGCACAUACGACGAUGAUGGCAGUGGACACCAGUUUGGACGGCACUUUAAGGAUGUGGUCAAGCUCUGUUUGCAGAAGGACCCAUCCAAGCGCCCUGGCACCUCGGCGCUGCUCAAGCACAGCUUCUUCAAGAAGGCAGGAGACACUACCUACCUGGCGCGGAACCUGCUUAACAACAUUGAAGACAUCGGCGAGAGCUGCAUGACAGCCGGUAUUGCAGAUGCGCUUCCUGGGUACGAAGAGAGUCAUCGGAAAUGGAAAUGUAUAUAGUUAGCUAAGUGUAUUGUGUGACUUUGAUGCUGCAGCGCGGGGCCGCUUUACGCGAAAGGAACGAAGGGUCCGCCUGGAUCGGAGGCUGAGGGCUCAAAAUACGUUCCAGGUACGACUUGGGUCUUCGAUGACGAGGAGGACGACGCUAGCAAGAUGUCGAUAGACGAUUUCGCCAGCCAGUUUGAUAUGGUCACGGGUGGCGAGGAAUUCCGUUCCAAGUAAACCUCAGCACCCGUCAAGCCUUCAUGCAAGCCCGGACAUACUCAACACGGCGUCCUCGACGAACCUCUCAGGGAGAAAGGCAAAGUCUCAUUUAACAGACCAUGGAGAUGACGCCAACCGAGUGUCCAUCGUAGCAGAAACAUUAAAUUCAGGUCUGUUUUGUUUUAUCUUACGAAGAAGCUGUUGUUGCUUGAAAUCUAUCCACGAUAAAAUACCACAUUGCCACGAAAAAUGCUGAAUGAUAAAUUACAUAGACCUCAAAACCUAGAUUAG